AUGGCUUUGUUAUCAAGCAUUUAUGUGAUCCUUUGCCUUCUUUCCCGGUGGUUGGCCUCCUCUAUCCAGAUCGAUGACUGGGUCUGCCUGGCCUCUCUCCUCUUUGCUUACGGCGCAACAAUUGCAUUGAUUCUGAUUGUCACCAUUGGUCAUGCUGGCUAUCAUGUAUUAGAGUACACGUUGUCUAUAUUGAGUACAUACAUGAAGUUAAGCAUCGCGCUUACCAAAACCUCGAUUUUGAUCUUCUAUCAGCGUCUAUUCUCCCUGCACAAGAAACUGGUCAUAGAGAUAUGGGUCCUGCAUGCCCUCGUUCUCGGCUUCUCCCUCACAGCGAUCUGUGCAAAUAUCUUCGCCUUUAUCCCCAUCGAGGCUAUGUGGAAGCCCUGGAUCCCGCACCGCACUAUCGUACCAAACGGCAAUGCACCGGGGUACAGUUUAGGGGGCAUCAACACGGGCCUUGAUUUUGCGCUCUUGCUUCUGCCCCAGCACGCGGUCUGGACGAUUGUCUGCGCUGUGACUAUCGCCCGUCUUAUAACCAUACCAAUAGUGGUGACUCCCAAUAUGGCGGACUUAACAUUCGCCUCGGCACUGGCGCUAUCGCUGCCUCUGACCACAGCCAAAUCACUCUGGUCCGAUACACCUGGCGAUUAUGACAAUUUUAUCACGACGGCGUUUCCACUGGGGAAUGGGCGGUUGGGAGCAAUGCCAUUAGGCACAUACGGCAAAGAAAUUAUCAAUCUGAACAUCGACUCGUUAUGGCGCGGCGGGCCUUUUGAAAACAAGUCCUACUCCGGCGGAAACCCCAACGCCUCCAUCGCCGCCGCCCUGCCCGGCAUCCGCGACUUCAUCUUCCAGAACAAAACCGGCAACGUGUCUGCCUUGCUGGCUGAUUUCCCGCACUACGGGUCUUACCAGGUGCUUGGGAAUCUGACGGUUGAUUUGGGUUUCCUGGAUCAGGUGCAUGGGUAUAGACGGAGUUUGGACUUGGAGUCGGGGGUGUAUGCGGAUGAGUUUGAGAUAGGAGGGAGCAAUGCGUCGAUUCAGCGGGAUGCUUUUUGCUCGUAUCCCGACCAAGUCUGUGUAUAUCGCGUUCGCUUGGAUUCGGGUCUUCCGGCUGUUGAGAUCGGGUUGGAGAAUCGCGUCGUUGAACCGACUCCGCAAGUGAGUUGUCGAGGCAAUAGUCUUGUUCUACACGGGCAGACUUCGCCGGGGAUCGGGAUGAUCUAUAACGCAAGGGCGACUGUCGUGACUUCUUCGAAAGUAAAGAAAGAUCUAUGUUCCUCGUCCUCGUCCACGGUGAAAGUCCCGUCGGGUCAAUCGGAGAUAUACAUCAUUCUAGCAGCGGGGACGAACUACGAUGCGACCAAGGGCAACGCGGCCGCCGGAUACUCAUUCAAGGGCGAAGACCCGACCUCCAGAGUGCAAGAGACCGUUACCAAAGCCAUCCGCAAGCGAUCGUUCUCUCAACUGAAGAAAUCACACAUCGCCGAUUUCCAGUCGAUAUAUGGGGACUUCACACUCAGUCUGCCGGACCCGAACGGGUCGGCGAAGAAGCCAACGACGGACCUCCUCGCCCCCUACGGUCAACCGGGCGAUCCUUUCGUCGAAAAUCUCCUCUUCGACUACGGUCGGUACCUGUUCCUGUCGGCGUCGCGACCGGGCAGUUUACCGCCGAACCUGCAGGGUCUGUGGACGGAGCAGGACUCUCCCGCCUGGAGUGCCGACUACCACGCCAAUAUCAACCUGCAGAUGAACCAUUGGGGAGUCGAGGCGACGGGACUCGGCGGACAGACGGAGCCGCUGUGGACGUACAUGACCGAGACCUGGAUGCCACGGGGCGCCGAGACAGCGCGACUUCUCUACGGCGCCGAGGAAGGAUGGGUGGUGCAUGACGAGGUGAAUAUAUUUGGGCAUACGGCGAUGAAAAACGACGCCGGAUGGGCCAACUACCCCGUCGUCAACGCGUGGAUGGCACAACACGUCUGGGACCAUUUCGACUAUACCCAGAACAUCACCUGGUAUCGACAAACAGGAUAUCCGAUCCUCAAAGGCGCGGCGCAGUUCUGGCUCUCGCAGCUCGUCGAGGAUGAAUACAGCCACGAUGGAACACUAGUCGUCAACCCGUGCAAUUCCCCAGAACAUGGACCCACGACCUUCGGCUGCACGCACUACCAACAACUAAUUUGGGAAGUAUUCGACCACGUCCUCCGCGGCUGGACAGCUUCCGGCGACUCAAACGACACAUUCAAAUCCGCCGUCUCCGCCGCACACAAAAAGCUCGACGCUGGCAUCCACAUCGGCUCCUGGGGCCAGAUCCAAGAAUGGAAACUCGACAUCGACACUUCCAACGACACGCACCGCCACCUCUCCGAGCUCUACGGCUGGUAUCCAGGCUAUCUCCUCUCUUCGGUGCACGGAUCCAACCGCACCGUCACCGACGCUGUCGCGACAACCCUCACCUCACGCGGCGACGGCACGAACGACCAGAAUACCGGGUGGGGUAAGAUCUGGCGUAGUGCGUGCUGGGCGGUUCUAAAUGAUGCGGAAAAGGCGUAUGCGCUGUUUACGCUGGCCGUGGAGGAAAAUUUCGCGAGUAAUGGGUUGUCGAUGUAUGGUGGGAGUCCGCCGUUCCAGAUCGAAGCGAAUUAUGGGAUACUGGGCGUGGUGGUGGCGAUGUUGGUUAGGGAUUUCGAUGGCAAGAGGACUGAUGCGGCGAAGGCGCAGGAGGUGGUUUUGGGCCCGGCGAUCCCCGGGGCUUGGGGUGGAGGGAGUGUGAAGGGUUUGAGGUUGAGAGGGGGAGGGAAGAUCGGGUUCAAGUGGGAUGAGAAGGGCGUUGUCACGUCUUGUCGGGCAGAUUUGUCGGGUCGUGGGAAGAGGAUGCCUGAGUUGGCGUUUUCUGUUCGAGGGGGGAAGUCGGUUGUGUGCUGA